AUGGGGAAGAGGAAAAGUUCUGAUAAUUCCGACAAAAUUAGAAAGAAGAUUAAGAAGCUAGAAAAGAAAUUGAGGAAGAAAGAAAAUCGUGAAAGCUCUAAAGAGAAUACUCCUUCGUUAGUGGAUUUAUCUAUGCCUAAUGUAACAAUUGCAGAGUCAUUAGAGGAAAAUACAAUCGAAGAAGUUCAGAUGGAAGGUCAAACAAACGCUUUAGACAAUGAUGACUUCCCAGAGGAGCUUUUAUUAGCCUUGGGACCAGAAGGAGAAGAAUAG